AUGAGUGAUCACAAGAAGAAAAACUGCAAGAAAAGCAAUUCUGCCCAGGAAACAUCUGCAGAAGAAUAUGCCCCUCCUGUUAAGGAUAGCUCACCAACACACAAAAAAAAGUUGAAGAAAAAAAUACAUUAAUCUGCCUCCCACAAGACAACUUCCAAACUCUAUGCCACUGUACCAGAGUCAUGUAUUCAGACUCAUGGUUGUUCCCUCUCCUCUCAGGAUGCACAGUAACAACAACUUGAGAAACAACUAAAAAGCUUAGCUUUUAAAAAUCCAGGACCUCGAGUAGCUGACUUCAAUCCUGAAACUAGAGAGAAGAAAAAGCGUGCACACAUAUCACAGAUGAAACAUCAAUUUUUUAGGAAGUGCAAAACUGCAAAGAAGUACGACAAAUAUGGCAGGCUGCUUUGUAACAACACUGACUUGUGUGAUUGCUUGGAAGAGAACUGCCCAGGUUGCUUCUAUCCUUGCCCUAAAUGCAGUUCAAGAAAAUGUGGACCUGAAUGUCGCUGCAACAGGAAAUGGGCUUAUAAUACAAUUAAGACUGAAGGUGGGAAUGUGAUCAGCAUGUUUCCAUUUCAUGUCCCUAACUGA